ACAUUAAUAGUAUGUAGAAGAUGCCUGCUUGCUGUUAAUUGAUGUUCUUCUCAUCUCUUCCCUCGUAUAUACAUCAGCUACAUGGAAAGUGAAAACCAAACAAGAGUUGUAGAGUUCAUCCUCCUUGGACUCUCUGAGGAUCUGGAACUGCAGCCCUUCAUAUUUGGGCUUUUCCUGACCAUGUACUUGGUCACCGUGGUGGGAAACCUGUUCAUCAUCCUAGCGGUCAGCUCUGACCCCCACCUCCACACCCCCAUGUACUUCUUCCUCUCCAAUCUAUCCUUGGUUGACAUCUGUUUCAGUAGCACCAUAGUCCCUAAGAUGCUGGUGAACAUCCAGACAGAGAAGAAAGCCAUUUCCUACAUGGACUGCUUCACUCAGGUCUAUUUUUCCAUGCUUUUUCCUAUUCUGGACACUCUACUCCUGACCGUGAUGGCCUAUGACCAGUUUGUGGCCAUCUGUCAGCCCCUGUGCUACAUGGUCAUCAUGAAUCCCCGUGUCUGUACGAUGGUUUUUACUACCUGGUUCGUUUGUGUCAUGCUAUCCCUUCUCCAUAUUUUGUUGAUGAUGCACCUGGCCUUCUGUAAAGAUCUUGAAAUCCCACAUUUCUUCUGCGAACUGAUAAAAAUUCUAGAGGUAGCCUGUUCUGAUACCUUCCUGAACAGUACAUUGAUGUAUUUUCUGACUGGUGUGUUGGGGAUUUUCCCCCUCAUUGGGAUCCUUUUCUCUUACUCACGAAUAGUUUCAUCUAUAAGGAAGGUAUCUUCAUCUAGGGGAAAACAAAAAGCAUUUUCCACCUGUGUGUCUCACCUCUCAGUUGUUUCUUUAUUUUAUGGGGCAGAUGUUGGGGUCCACUUUAUCUCUGCAGUGACUCACUCCCCCCAGAAGGUCUCAAUAGCCUCGGAGAUGUACACCGUGGUCCCUCCUAUGCUGAACCCCUUCAUCUACAGUCUAAGGAACUAGGAUGUCAAGGGGGCCCUGGGAAUGUUUCUCAGCAGGGUGGCCUCUUGUCUGUGAUGGAUCCAUUGGCCCCAGAAUUAAGAAGAUUUGUGGGUACCAAUGGCAAAACAUUUUUCAUUCUGAAGUUGGAUCAAAUCCCAACUCUUGGAUCUCUUAAAUAAUCUUAUUCUCUUACUUGAU